UGUGGGCGGGGCUUUACGUCCAUCUUUACUGUAGCAGCUGCACUGAGGGAUUCGAGAAAAGGAAAACUGUGCAAAAAUACCGUAGAGGAGGUAUGACGACAGCAUCAUAGCGAAGCCAUGGCCGACAAGAGAAAACUGCAAGGUGAAAUAGAUCGGUGUCUCAAAAAAGUGGCUGAAGGGGUGGAACAAUUUGAAGACAUUUGGCAAAAGCUUCACAACGCAGCAAACGCCAACCAGAAAGAAAAGUAUGAGGCCGAUCUCAAAAAGGAGAUCAAGAAACUCCAGCGGUUACGAGACCAGAUUAAAACGUGGGUGGCAUCCAAUGAGAUCAAAGACAAACGGCAGCUAGUGGAUAACCGCAAACUCAUUGAGACACAAAUGGAGAGGUUUAAGGUGGUGGAGAGAGAGACGAAGACGAAGGCGUAUUCUAAAGAGGGACUGGGUUUGGCUCAGAAAGUCGAUCCAGCACAGAAGGAGAAGGAGGAAGCAGAACAGUGGCUCACAAACACCAUUGAUACUUUGAAUAUGCAGGUGGAUCAGUUUGAAAGCGAGGUGGAGUCUCUUUCUGUUCAAACCAGAAAGAAAAAAGGAGACAAAGAGAAGCAGGAUCGUAUUGAUGAGCUUAAGAGACUGAUCGAAAGACACCGGUAUCACAUCCGAAUGCUGGAAACCAUUUUAAGGAUGUUAGACAAUGACUCGUUGCAGGUGGAGUCUGUCCAUAAAAUAAAGGAUGAUGUGGAGUACUACAUUGAUUCCUCACAGGAUGAAGACUUUAAGGAGAACGAGUUUCUGUAUGAUGACCUCGACCUUGACGAUAUGCCGAUGCUGGCCACCUCUCCACAGGGACACAAUGAAGAAGAGAUGAGCACGCCCACAUCCACCACAUCGUCCUCUCCCAUUCCUCCAUCUCCAGCAACAGCCACCACUGAGAACUCUGAAGAGGAGAAGAAGCGAGGUCGAUCUACUGACAGUGAAGUGAGCCAGUCUCCUGUGAAGAACGGCGGCAACCCUCUCUCUUCAUUCUCCUCCUCGUCCUCCUCCUCCUCAGGAUUCUCUUCCUCUUCCUCCUCAUCUCUUGUUUCGAUGGCGGCCGUUGUUGGUGGAGCCACGUCCGUUUCCGGGGGCAGUACUCUCCUGGGCAGCUUCAGCAGUGCGGUUCAGCAGCAUCCGCACGCCAAGCACUCUUCCUCCUCCUCGUCCUCCUCAUCCUCUUCUUCCUCUUCUUCUUCGACCACCUCCAACAGCACCUCUAGUCCCCCCAGCCACCCCAUCUUACCUUCUUCUACCACACCCUCAACUCCGCCCACUUCUAACUCCCAGACUCUAACAUCAGCAGGGCUCAACGUGGCCAAAGCAUGCAGCACUGUGCCAACCAGCAGUAAUGUGGCACAGAUAGCAAGUAUCAUGCCUAACAGCAUGGCAUCCAUAAUUUCCAACUCAUUGCCCACUCCAUACGCCCAGGCAGCAGCAGGCGGGCCCUCUAGUGGAAAUAGCAGCAGCAACAGCAGCAGUGGCAGCAUUUCGGCAGGGGGUGGGGCGAACGUUAAUACUAACGUCAAUGCUAACGUUAAUGGUACAGCACUGUUGGGCACCAGUGGAGGGAUUACAGGCCUCAGUAUAGGGCAGUCAGCACUCUCAGGGACAGCACAGUUACCUGUAAGUCCUGUGAGUGCUGUGCCAGUAGGAGGAGGAGCCAACAUGGGACAAGGAAACGGAGGAAGUACAUCAUCAUCAGGCAGCAUCGUGGGUAGUGUGCCACCAGCCAGACCUCCAAGUGUGGUGAAGCAGAAUGGAGGAACAAAUCCUCUAGCGUACAGUGCGGUGGUUGCCGACAGCAGCUCAGACUCCUCUAUUAGCAGUGUGAGCCAAUCACAGAGCAGCCAGCCCUCCUCCACCAGCUCGUCAACCAAUCAAGUGCUGGAUAAUGGUUCGACCCUGCUGAGCUCCAUCACUCUGCCUCCGUCAUCUCAGUCUCCCUCAUUUUCGGACAGCAACCCCGGCGGUGGAAGUUUGCUAAACGGCCCACACUCGUAUACACCCAGCACAGAGCCAAUAAAGGCUCCGGAGCCUUUAAGCUCUCUGAAGGCGAUGGCUGAGAGAGCAGCUUUGGGAUCAGGACUGGAUGGAGAAAUCCCAUCACUUCAUCUGACUGAAAGAGAUUUGUUUUCGGGUUCCUCUGCCCCUCCUGGCCCCCCUGCGCCUCCUCAACCAGCAGUGACCGAGGUGAAUCUACCACCCACCCUGGGGGCAUGUCCUUUAGGUCCCUCACCUCUGUCUAAAGAGCAGCUCUAUCAGCAGGCCAUGCAGGAGUCGGCGUGGACACACAUGCCACACCCAUCAGACUCCGAGAGGAUCAGGCAGUACGUAAUGAGGACUCCAUGCCCCCUGCUGCCCUUCCACCAUCACACUCCUCCUCAUCACUGCGACACCAUCGACUUCUACCAGAGACUCUCUACUGAAACUCUUUUCUUCAUCUUCUACUACCUGGAGGGUACGAAAGCUCAGUAUCUGUCGGCUAAAGCUCUGAAGAAACAGUCCUGGAGGUUCCACACCAAAUACAUGAUGUGGUUCCAGAGGCACGAGGAACCCAAGACUAUUACAGAUGAGUUUGAACAGGGAACCUACAUUUAUUUUGACUAUGAGAAAUGGGGCCAGAGGAAGAAGGAAGGCUUCACGUUCGAGUACAGAUACCUGGAGGAUCGAGACCUGCAGUGAUGUUCACAGAGAGAGAGAGACAGACAGAGAGAAGAAAGAAGUGAAUAGAGAGAGAGAGGUUACUAUGACUGCUGCUGUUGACAUUCCAGGAGUGAAGAGUCCACACUGAGGGAAUGUAAAGUAGCCUUAUAUAUAGAUAUAUACAUAGAGAGAGAGGAACGAGGAGACGGGGACGAGGGGUAGAGUGCCUGUUUACAUGUAAACAUUUGAACUUUUAUGUUUAUUUUAAAUCAAAUUUCCCAGUUUUAGUCUAUUUAAACAAAAAUAAAUAUGAAUCUUUAAUACGCCUCGCCAUGUGAUUUGAGGAAUAAACCAGUAAUAUUUGGAUGCUACUUCUAACAAAACAUUUUAUCACUGGUGACAUUAACUAUUACCCAACUGUGCACUGAGCCUCGCCUGUUUGCACCGCUAACUACGCCGAUGUUUUUAAAUAGCCAUGUGAGUGUUGUUUUGUUAAGGGGGUGUUUUGGGAAAUUAGAAGAAAAGCAUUAGAAGGCAGAUAUGAUUAAGAAAACAUGCCAAACUACUAAAAGUGGGGGUGAAGUUUAAACCUAGUUCCUCAAAACCCAUGUUGCUGUGUAGCAUCCACUCUAUUAGCUGCACCACUACCACAUCAUGCAUAUAUUUACACUAACUACUUGGUGAGGUAAAAAGUAACUGCACAAAAAUCACAAAACCUGUGUAGACAUUAAGGCCAAAAGUGUGACACCACUGGUGAAAAUGCUUCCACUGUGCAUUUUGCUCAUCAGAAGUUGUAGUAGUUUUAUACGUUUGUUGGCCUUUUGUAAAUCUAAACACGGUUUCAUACCAAGUCGGCAUGUGACCAUGUAAAAUACAGCAUUAGAAUGAAGUAAAGGUGUCAGAUGUCAGAUAAUGGGGCUUUCUGUGCAUCAAAUGAUUGCAGUGCAUUACUGCAAAGAGAGAACAUACCAAAUACCAAGAAAUUACAAAAAUCUAAUAAUUCUUAGUGAUUUUUUAUCAUGAUGAUUGUUUAUCAUGUGUAAUAAAACAUUGUAUGACAUUUCAGAGAUAACACAACUGAAGCAUUUUCACUAAUGGCUAUAAACAUUUGGCACCCACCCUAAUUUUUAUUUUUUUCGUUUUUAACACAUUGAAGGUAGUGUACCAGCAAACCAGUGCCACCCCAGAAUUAAGUGGGCAUUAAAAGGGCAUAUGUUAAAAAUAAUAAUUCGUCAUUCAUUCAUUUUCUGCAUCUAAUUCAUCCAGAUUGGGGACUAGGUGGGUAAAGGUUGAUAACACUGAACAGGGCACAAAUUGGCUAGGGCAAAUUAAGAUUAACCAGUCCACCUUCUGCAUGUUCUUGGGUAGUUGAUCAGAUUCCAAACGUUGGUUCAAUGAUGUCACAAGUCACCCCAAGUAAAUCUGAAUAACCUUUUCAGAAACGGAUCGUAGCAGUGCAGAUACGAACGCUUUUAUUCAACCAUCAACGAGAUCUUCAUCAUCUGCUCUUCUACCAAAGCACCCACUAAUCCCACUUAGAACCAGACAGUGCUUCUGAAGCCCAAACAUAGUUUUAAUGAACAAAACACAGGCUGAAAAACGAGUGGUCACAUUAAAUUGCUAUGCAAUUGAACCUCUCUCGGCCUGUGUGACCUGAUAGGCGUGGUUCUGAUGGGUGUGUGCACAGGAGGGCUGUAAAUGCAGUGUGACAGGAAGUAAAAUUGGAUGAACAGAAGUAUUAAGGAUUUGUGAAAUAUGUUCCGAGCUUUAUACAGUGUUCUUUUCUGUAGUUUUCGGCAUCUUUCAGCUCCAGAUUCUCCAAACAGAUUCUCAGACAGGGUUCGUUUUUAGAAAACUAUCACCAGUAAAUAAAAAAAGAAAGAAAAAAUAAAAAGAUCUGUUAGCAUUUCAUUUUAUGUUCCUUUUCUCCUUAUAGAGGCAGAUUUAAAUGAUCACCCAGUACUACCAUGUAAAGCUCGUGUUUUUUGUUUGUUUUUUUAGCACAAGGACGAGUGCAGCUAAUUUGUGACUUUUUCCUCCUGAAAUAAACGAUGUAUAAAUUAAUCUCAUGGCCCUUAGUUGGGCUGAGAGGGGAAAAAGAAGACGUGUAAAAUUUCAAUAAAAUAAUUUUAUCAACCGGA